UGCGUUUAAAAGGCUUUUUCGGUUGGCAAACAGAAGCUCCAAUAAUUCUCUAUAUUUUUAUUAUAUUUAGUGUACUAGAGAUGAAAGCCUGAUUGAAAAGAGAAACCUAUUAGAAAGAAAAACGGAAAACAUAAGGAGGCAAUAUGACUGCACUGUCAGAUUUUAAGAUUAAAAGGAAAUAUGAUGCCAAAGCAGUGCCCCUCACGUCAUUUUUAUCAGGAUCUUGGGAUGCGUAUCACUUAGUGGAUUUUGAUCCUCCUCUGCCGUUCACCGCUGGAGAUGUCAUUGAGGCCAUGGAGGUGUUCAGAAAGGUUUACAAGACCAGCGUCAUUGUAAAAUCACACCCUGAGCUCGUUCUGUGGGAGCUACAUCUAGAGCAAAGAGUUAGAAGAAUGAAGACAAGACACAGUGGCGAAGGGGUGGCAGGCCGUCAAGCAGCCUUUUCAAAGUUUCGGUUUGCAGUUAACGUUGAAUAUGAGCUGCUCUUUGCAAACCGAAGUAUCCCCGGCAGGAUCUUCAAGGAACUGUGCAAGGGCCUACACUGUCGGGACUUGAAAGCACUCUCCUUAAAUUACAGUGACCCUGUUAACCUCCUCAUGUUAUACAGACAGGCCAAUGAGAGGUCACCAGGAGCAAUGAAGCUUCAGUACCAAGAGAAAAUGUUUUCAAGAAUGGAUCAGAUCCUGUCCGGAUUUUCCUUAAGCAAUGUAGUAGAGCCAGAAAAUGACCCUGCCAAGGAAGUACACCUCAAGCUCGGCAGCAAGACAGACGAGAUUCCUCGCAUCAGGAAGAUCACAGCUGAGGUGGAGGAUGUGCCUCUCAAGACCAAGAUUGCAGAACUGAAAGGUUUCAGAUUGAAAAAUGUCGACAUAGAGAUGUCUGGCUCAUCCACUUACCACAUCUACGUGUACCUGGCAGAAAUGGGGAUCAUCAAGAACAUUCCGAGAUGGGUGGCUGACACUAGAGAGAAGGGAAAGACCCAUUGCAAAGCCAAGUUUUCCUAGUAGUUGUCGUUUUGCCUUCCUUGUUGAUAGCCUUCACUGCCAAGACCAAUCACUAUGAGCUCUUUACAAGACGAGUAAUACAGUCCGGAUUUUAAGAUUUUCUUCUUCGUGCUUUCCUUUAUUUCUUUUCUUUGUAUUUUUUUUUUUUUUUUGUCUAUGUUGAUUAAUUUUUCUUCGUUCUACUAUCUUUUUUUAUCUUUAUUAUUUCUAGUAAGUGCAUUUUUUCCAUGAGAAACAUGCAUUACAACAGGACUGUAUUUCAAGUAGAGCAGCUUUCAUAUGAACUCUCUUUAGCAUUUCUUUGUUUUAUUAGUGAAAGAAUGCUUAGAAAUUUUAUACAGAUGAGGAUAUUGGAGCCCUCGUUACUUUUAUGUGAAUGUUUUAGCAUGUGACUUUUAAUUUCUGUCUCUGGCUUCUUUGGAGUGAUUAUACUUUUUUUUUCCAUUAUUUUUCUCUUCCUGUACACACAUAUAUGGUCAUUCACUUCAGAUUACAAAAUUUUGGAUGUGAAUUAUUAUGUUAUUUUACUUUCUUUUUUCUUUUUUUUUUCAAAGUUACUGUACAAGAGUUGUGUGAUAUGAUCAAAAUGCAUUUGUUGCACUUUUUAUGCAAAAACAGAAAAAAUAGUAUUAAUCCUAGUGGUGGAUUAAUACUAUUGAACAGUUGAACAGUUUGUUGAAGAGGAAAUAAGGAAAUUAAUGAUUUUUUAAUUUUUAUUUUAGAUUAGUAUGUACAAAAAAUGGUUACAUUUCAUUGUAUGGCAGUGGUCCUUUUCAUGUGUGUAUUUUUCUGUCAUUGUUUUUUUUUUUUUUUUUUUUUUUUUCUUGUAUACAGCUUCAUUUGGAGAAUGGAAAGGAGUAUUUUUUGUAUAUUUUUAAUAUGAUCAAACUGUCCAUUAGCCUUUAACAGUUUGUUGGUACUGUGACUAAACUUUUUAUAAUGUGGAUUGCAUAAAUCCAGCAUCUCAUUUUGGCAGAUUACUAUAUUUUAAUAAAGAUAUUAGUAACU